CCAAGACUUACGUUUCAUCUGCUUCUGCUGGAGGUAUUUUUAUAGGAGUCGUGGACACUGACACUGAGCAGCACAUAAGUAGAAAAAAAUUGUUCUCAGAGAACUAUCAACAAAUAAGAGAACAAGAGCAAGACCAUCUGUUAUCAUAAGAGAACAAGAACAAGACCAUCUGUUAUCAUAAUCAUGAAGAUAGAGGAAAGAAGUUCUAAAAAGAUCAAGACAUCUUUCCCGUACCGAUGCAGAAGCUGUCUUCCUAGUAUCCUAAUCCUGCUUUUCCUUCUUUUUCUCCAAAAAUUUCCAUGAUUAUGACACACAUCCAUGACCACGUUGCAGGUGCAUCGUCGUUUCUGGAUCUCGCUACGGGAACUAGGGAGGAUGCUUUCGAGUAUCCUUUAGGAGUCGACUUCCCGACUCUUGAAUCUGGCACGGUUGGUGCAGUUCUCAGCAAGAUACCCAUCGAUCGUUUUGAUAGGCAACAUAGAGGAACAGCUGCCGCUCUUUUCAACGGUGAUGAUCAACAUCAACUAAGUGUUCCACCUCUAGGAACGCUUAUCAUCAGUUUAAGGCUCAGGCAUUGACAGCUAGGGAAAUUACCCCUCUGGAUCCAACGUGGCGAACCGUGUUCCCUAGCGGAACACCCUCGCCGCCGUCUUUUUUUUUGGUUUGUGCGGUUGUUCAUUUGAAAAAUUUGCAACAGUGUCGCCCGUCUUUUUAUGAAAGAACUGAGGACAGAGCCUCCCGCGAUGUCGGCGCCUUUUGGUGCGCACGCAAAUGGUACGGCAGGGCUUGUUCUUUUGUGGUCUUAUCUUUUUCGCUGUCGCCGGCCUCGGCGUAUUCUGUUUGCUUUGUUGUUCCCAGUUUUGGGGCGCUCGCCUUAUCGGUCGCCGCGGUGCCUGGGCUGACGGCGUCCGCCCAUCGCUCCGCACCAGGGGGGCGCUUCUUGUCGUGUGCUCCCUCUUUCGUGUUGUGGGUUCUUCAGUUCCUGGGCUGUGGUGUGCUUCGCUUCCAGUUCCAUUUUCAAAACGGUACGCGAGCGCGCUGCCUCGCAGAAUAUACGGCUUGGCUUUCAUUCUCGCAGCUUCGCUUGCAGUCUACUGCCGCCCCUGCAAGCUUACGCCGCGGGUUUGCCUGGGCUUCCGCCUUGCUGGGCCGGACCGCCGCCUCUUGAGCCCGGGCGGCUGCCCUUUGGGCCUGAGCUUUGGGUGCGCCUGGGCCGGGGGCGGGCGAGCCUGAGGCGGGGGCGGUAACAAGCCUUGCUUGAGCUGGGGGCGAGCCGGAGGGGAGCCCGGGCCCGGGGCGAGCUCGAGCCGUGGGUGAGCUUGAGCCGGGAGUGAGCAGGAGUGGGAAGUGAGCCCUGGCCGGGGGCAGGCCCAAGCUGGUGGCGCGCCCCAGCCCGGGGUGAGCCUGAGCCGGCUCGCCUGCGCCGCCGCCCCGCGAGCCAGGGCCCGCGCCUGCCCCGCGAACCCGGGUUGGCGCCCUGCAAGCUUAAACCGGCGCCCAACGAGCCCGGGCCCGCGCCCCGCAGGCGCGAGCUGGCGCCCCGCGCCCCGCGCGCCAAAGCUGGCGCCUUCUAGGCUUGCUUCAACCGGCGCGCCUGAGGCAGCGCCACGCGCGACCGAUAUGACGCUCCGCGUGCCUGAGCGGGCGCCCCGAAAACCUGAGCUGGCGCCCCGCAGGACCGAGCUGGCGUCCCGCGCGCCUGAGCUGGCGCCCCGCGAGCCUGUGCUGGCGCCCCGCGCGCCCAAGCUGGCGCCCUCCAAGUCUGAACUUGCGCCCCGCGAGCGCGAGCACGGGCUGGCGCCUCGUGAGCCCGCGCCGCUGCUCCGUGAGCCUAAGCUGUUGCCCCGCAAGCUUGAGCUGGCGCCCCGCGAGCUCAAACCGGCGGCUUUCGAGGCUGACGAGCCUGAGCCCAAACCUGGGCCCGACCGAGCCUGAGCCCUAGCCCAAACCUAAGCCCAAACCUGAGCCCAAACCUGAGCCCAAACCUAAGCCCAAACCUAAGCCCCACGAAGAAAGCCUGAGCUUGAGCCCGAGCCCGAGCCCAAACCUGAGCCCAAACCUGAGCCCAAACCUGAGCCCAAACCUGAGCCCAAACCUGGGCCCAAACCUGAGCCCAAAGAAACCUAAGCCCAAACCUGAGCCCAAACCUGAGCCCAAACCUAAGCCCAAACCUGGGCCCAAUCAAACCUGAGCCCAAACCUGAGCCCAAACGAACCGGAGCCCAAACCGGAGCCCAAGCCUGAGCCUGGGCCCGAGGCGGCGCCCCGCGAGCGCACCCCCCGCGCGCGCGUUACUAGAGAUUUUUUCUGCAUUUCUUCAAAGCUGAAAAUUCAUAGGAUGAUAAUCAAUUGAAUAAACAGUGAAUCUCAAACUCUUCUGACGAUACACACAUUCCCAUUAUUGUUCUCCAUCUUACAUCGACGAUCUUCAGGCUCAGCUGUAGUUGUGACCACGUAACAACAAGUAGAUGCUGCAUGUGCAUACUCUAAAUUUCAAUCGCAAUACGAGGUUGGGUGCGUUCUCUGCCUUCAUGGACGACACGAUGACUGAUCAAUCUUUAAGGCUCGAGCGAACUUGUCACCUCCAACACCAAUUAACGAGAUGACUUAACAGGUACUAAGUGAAAGUUUCAAACUACUUUAAUAUCUACCCAAUGACUUGGUCAUGUGGGUCUAUUUUUUAGUCGUUCGAGACUAAGUGAGGACUUUGAUUAUAUGAAAAAAUAUACCAAGUAUAUGAAGAAUAGAGAAAUAGAAGAAGCCUCAAGAAAUUGUAGCAAGUAAGGUUGUGCUAUACCCUUCAGGCCUUUGCUGCAGGCUGAGGAUCAGAGAUUGGCGGAAGGUCUUACCUUUCCACGAACUAGCAUUAUCCAAGAACCAGCAAUAUUACAUCAUUCAAUUUCGAUGCGUAAAUUUUCAACUCUUGUGACUCUCAUCGUUUAGUGUUGUUGUGCCUCCCCCGAGUAACUUCAAUACAUUGCCUUACAGGAGAUGAAGUAUUCACAGGAGUGCAUUAGUAGUAGUAGUAGUAGUAGUCGCGGCAGUGAUAGUAGUCGGAGGAGGGGCAGGAGUAGAAGUUGUUGCUGUUGUUGUUCAUCUUCACCUUGGUCAUAGUCUAACAUGGUUUUUGUCCUUGCAGGAAGUGAAGCUCGUUGUUGGAGUCGAGAUCGGUGCUUCGGGCGACAUUAAAUUCAAAUUCCGGUCGUCAGACAUUUUUC